AUGGUUGACAACGACAAACCCGAACCCACCCCCGCCGAGCAGGCCGCCGCCCGCGCCAAGGAGGAGGAGGAGCAGAACGCGCUCCCGUACAAGUGGCAGCAGACCAUCGGCGACGUCGACAUCACCUUCAGCGUCCCCGGAAACUACAAGAGCAGAGACCUCGUCAUCGACCUGAAGAAGACCAAGAUCUCGGCCGGCGUCAAGGGGCAGGAGCCCAUCAUCAGUGGCGACCUCUCCCACCCCAUCACCGUCGACGACUCGACCUGGACCCUGACCUCGGCCCCGGAUGGCACCAAGACGGUCGAGAUCCACCUCGAUAAGGUCAACAAGAUGGAGUGGUGGGCGCACGUCGUGACCACAGCGCCCAAGAUCGACGUCUCCAAGAUCACGCCCGACACGAGCAAGCUGUCGGACCUCGACGGCGAGACCCGCGGCAUGGUCGAGAAGAUGAUGUGGGACCAGCGCCAGAAGGAGCAGGGCCUGCCCACCUCGGACGAGCAGAAGAAGCUUGACAUACUCAAGAAGUUCCAGGCCGAGCACCCCGAGAUGGACUUUAGCAACGCCAAGAUCAGCUAG